CCAAGCCCUUUCCAUUAUUUGUAUGAUCAUUUUUAACCCAUCAUACAUUGCCACCCCUAUACCAAAACCCAUAAAAAGCAUUUUCUUGCUACAGUCCCAUCCACCCCACACUCGCUCACAAGAUAUCAAUGCAUGGGAUGGAUUUAAGUCUCGUCAAUCACGUAAUCUAAUUCUCUUCCUCUCUCAACCGAAUCCCAUUACUUCCAAGUCCCCAAGUCUGAUCUCUUUAGUGCUAGCAUCCAUCAAAUUCUUGCUAUAGAUAAAGGCAAUUCAAAUGAUCAGAUCCUUUCCCCGUCAAAAUUUCCCCCUGAAAACAACAAUGUCAUUCCUAGGAAAAACAAUUUCCUCUCUCGUCAACGACCCAUUAUUCUCCACCAUCAUCACUCUCUGCAUUCUAAUUUUCCUCUACUUCCCGACUCUUUUCCUCUCCAUCAUCUUCUCCCCGGUCCUAAUUUCCACCUCAAUUCUCUUACUUUCCCUUCUUCGACUGGGCGCAAUCCAGAGAACCAUAACCUCCCAAGAGGAAACUUUAAAGGAAAAUGAUCCCAUUUCUGCGGAAUUCAGUGUCACCCAUGAUGAUGACCAUCAUGUUGAUCGCGGAUGGGUCUCCUCCAAAUCCAAGGAAAGCUCCGAAAAUGGAUUGGGUCCAGACUUUUGCAACAUGCCGACGUCGUUUCGUACUGAUUCCUUCGUUGAGUGGGACGUCGGGGCGCCACUGGAGGUGAUAUAUGAGGAGUAUGAAGGUCAAGAAGACGAUGAGGACGACGUUUUGGAGGGAAAAAGAGAUGCCCAGAUGGCCGUUAUUGAGAGGUACGCAUCCCUGUCGAAGUUUUACCCGGAAACCGACGAUUCGGAUAGCUCCUCGGAUGAGGAUUUUCCGGCGAUCAGAGAUUGGGACCCGCAGGAGAAUAUGUGUUUCCGGUGGGAAGGGGAGGAUAGAGAUGGGCUGAUAGAGAUCAAACUGGAAGGGAAGGGGUAUAGUGAUGGUGAAGAAGAGAAUCUAAUUGAGAUCGAUCUUUCUCCAGCGAUGUGAUGGGCUUCCCGGCGGAAAAUCAAAAGGUUUUCCGAUGAGGUUUAGAUACAAUUAUUAACCUUGAUCAACGCAAAAUAGAUACGACUUACGAGUAGUAUAAGUAGGAUUUAGAGGGUUUUGGGUAAAUACUGUUGUAUAAGAUCAUUGUUAAGAGUGCUUUACUGUUAACGAGGGGGCUGUGAAUGACUAAUAUGCCCUUAGCUUUUUGAGAAAUGAAAAGGGCUCUUCAUCCUUCUUUC